CUCAGCUGGCGGAGGAGACACGGCGGCGGCGGCGGCGAGGCAGCCGGAGUUUCCUGAGGUCCCUUCUCUGCUUUCCUGCGUCGUCUGCUUGCGUGAGUCGCCUGCUGGGAGAGGGAAGGCCCUUCUGCUUUGGGGGAAGAGUUAAUCAUGGGGAGCCUGGCAUGGCUGCCUGGGGGCUUGCCUCCUGUCCUGCCCACUCUCAAGGAGCAGAUUGAAGAGUACCUCUUGAUGCCAGAGGAGCUCCCCAUCCAUGCCCCCAUCCACUCUCGGCGAUGGUUCCCCCGAACGCCAGACCCCAGGCGCCUUUUCAGUCUCACGCUCUUUCCUGUAACUUCGUGCCUUGAGGUGGAACGUGACCCUGCCACCGGCCAUAUUACGGGAGUACGCGAAGUGUCAAACUGUGAUGCAGGCGCCACAGCCAAAAACUCCAUGUCAAUGCGGCGUGCUCCAGGACCUCCAGAGGAGAUGGUGAGGGGGUCGUCGACCAAUCUGCCGUUCUGGCCCGGAGGUUUCUCAGAGCCCACACUGGACAAGGAGUCCACAGAAGCAGAACACGUGCUGGACCUGACCAACCUGAUGACCAAACACCCCAGGCUGUCCCGAGGCAUCACCUUCGAGGAGCCAGAGCCCCCACCCCAGGAGGAGGUCAAGGAACCCGAGGAGGAGAAGAAGAGCUCUGACCUGGUGGUCAGCAUCUCCGACAUGCUGAUGGUGGAUGAGAGUGUGCUCAAAAUCUUUGAUGUGAAGGAGGAGCAGACCAAGAAGCCAGCCGCACUCACCCUGGAGGACCUGAACGAAGAGGACUCCAACCUGGUCGAGACCUUCAAGAUAGAACUGGCUCCCAAGAAGGAGGAGUUUGUCUUGAACAUUAGUGAAACCCCUGUGGAAGUGGAGCUCUCUGGGCCCAGUACUGAAUGGGCUGAGAAGGUCGAUGUUCACGCCCCUGUGGAUGAUUUUCAUACGCGUGUACCUAAUCCUGCCUGCACUUAUCCCUUCGAGCUUGAUAUAUUCCAGAAGCAAGCAAUUUUGCAUUUGGAAAAUCGAGAGAGUGUCUUCGUUGCUGCUCACACUUCAGCGGGUAAAACCGUAGUGGCUGAGUAUGCCAUUGCACUCACUCUUAAACAUAUGACUAGGGCCAUAUAUACCUCACCAAUUAAAGCCUUAUCAAAUCAAAAAUACAGAGACCUGAAAAUAAAGUUUGAAGAUGUAGGUUUGUUAACGGGUGAUAUUCAAAUUAAUCCUAAGGCAUCUUGUUUGAUUAUGACAACUGAAAUCUUGCAGUCUAUGCUGUAUAAUGGUAGUGAUUUAAUUCGUGACUUAGAGUGGGUUAUUUUCGAUGAGGUUCACUACAUCAACAAUGCAGAGAGAGGGCACGUAUGGGAAGAAGUUCUAAUUAUGCUUCCCGAGAGAGUGAGCAUUGUAUUGCUCUCAGCAACUGUUCCCAACACCAUUGAAUUUGCUGAUUGGAUUGGCAGAAUUAAGAAGAGGAAGAUCUACGUGAUCAGCACCACAAAACGGCCUGUGCCCCUGGAGCACUUCCUCUACACUGGAAUGGGUGGCAAGAGCAAGGAUGAACGCUUCCUUUUGAUAGACGCCCAAGGGAAGUUUGUGACCAAGGGCUACAACGGUGCAGUUGCCGCCAAGAAUGAGAAGAAGAGCAAGAUGCAGCAGCAGCAGGGUCCCAAGCAUAUGAGGCAGCACAUGGGUGAGAAGCAGGAGAAGAACAUGUGGAUUGGCCUCAUUGACCACCUCAGCAAGCGAGAACUCCUGCCCAUUGUGGCGUUCACGCUUUCCAAGAAGAGGUGUGACAGCAAUGCCAGUCAGCUGCUCAGUCAGGACCUGACCACCAGUGCCGAGAAGGGAGAGAUCCAUUCCUUCAUCAAGAGGUGCACGGAGAGGCUGCAGGGAGCAGAUCGAGAGCUCCCACAGGUUGUCUACAUGCAGGAACUUCUCACCAAGGGCAUUGGGGUUCAUCACAGUGGAAUUUUGCCCAUUUUGAAAGAAGUUGUAGAGAUGCUGUUUGCCAAGGGUCUAGUGAAGCUGCUGUUUGCCACAGAGACCUUUGCCAUGGGAGUCAACAUGCCUGCGAGGUGCGUCGUGUUCGACUCCAUCCGUAAGCACGAUGGAACAGGCUUCAGAGACUUACUUCCUAGUGAAUACAUUCAGAUGGCUGGUCGUGCCGGCCGCAGAGGUCUUGACACAACGGGAACUGUGAUUGUUCUGUGCAAGAAUGAUGUGCCGGAAAUGGGUGACCUUCAUCGCAUGAUGUUAGGCAAACCCACCAAAUUGGAAUCACAGUUUAAGCUCACUUACUCAAUGAUCCUCAACAUUUUACGUGUGGAAAGAAUCAGCGUUGAAGACAUGAUGAAGAGAUCGUUCUCAGAAGCCAUCACUUACAAAAAUCAGAGUCAGUAUCAGGCUGAGCUUGAACUAUAUACUGAACAGCUGAAGCAAGAACCUGACUUUAACUGUAUGAUGUGUAAGAGCAUUGAACAAUAUUAUGCAGCUGCCAAAGAGUUUGUGGAGCAGCGCGCUAAUGUCUUCAACCUGAUUCAUGGUUUUCCAGGUGUUGUUAAGGCAGUGGCACCAGGAAGAAUUAUUCUCAUAUGUUAUGAACAAUAUCAGUCUUACCUUGCUUGCGUUCUGAAAAUUGAUGCAAAAGACAAGACCAAGAUGACUGUGUUUGUGUUGAAGGAAAAGUCCAGGCAUAAUUUCUCAAAGCACGAACUCAUGGCAAAGGAGGCUCUGAGUGCCUCAGAAGUAAUGUUUGACCCCUUGGAGGAACCCUCAGAGCAUGGCUUUCUGGAAAUUACCUUCAAGCAUAUUGCUGCAUUAACAGACCGGGUUGUGAAGAUUGAUGGGGAUAAAGUUAUCGACAAUAUUAAGAAACGGCAGAUCCCACGAUUCAAGGAUGACCCUCCAUCACAGUCUGUCAUGGAGCUGCUUAAGGAGAUGCAGAGGUUGAAUGAGUCAGGAGGCGAGAAUCUGGCAUGUCUGGACCUCCUGAAUGACCUAGGAAUCAGGGAAAUAGCAGCUGUGAGCAAUAUCCACAGAAUGAACAUCUUAAGGAAGAAGGCCGUAGAGAUGCCUUGCUUGGACUGCACACAGUUCAGGGAGCACUUCAACAUGAUGUACAAGAAGUUACAUCUACGGGAGGAAAUUGGACGGCUGAAGUUCCUAAUGUCUGAAGAGGCUUUGCAGCUGCAUCCAGAGUACCAAAUGAGGAUCCAGGUGCUCAAGACACUAGGCUACAUUGAGGAGAACAACACAGUCACUCUCAAGGGUCGUGUGGCUUGUGAGAUGGGCAACCAUGAACUCAUGAUCACUGAGCUGGUGCUGGAGAACGUGUUUGCUGAGAGCCCAGUGGAGAUAAUCUCUGGCCUUCUGUCAAGCUUGGUCUUCCAGGACAGGAAUAGUAGUGACCCUGAGCUCACACCAGAGCUUCUGAAGGGUGUCCAGCAAUUCAAGGGUGUGGCCAAACGCAUUGGUGAGGUGCAGAAGGAGUGUGGGCUGAAGGAGGCUGUGGGUGACUAUGUUGACCAGUUCAACUUUGGUCUCACAGAGGUGGUCUACCAGUGGGCCAAGGGCAUGGCAUUCAAGAAGAUCAUGGAGCUUACAGAUGUUCAAGAGGGAAUCACGGUCAAGUGCAUUCAGCGCCUGAACGAGGUCCUGAAGGAUGUGCGAAAUGCGGCCAGGAUCAUUGGUGACCCAAGUCUCAUGCAGAAAAUGGAAGAAGCAUCAACAGCCAUCAAGAGGGACAUUGUCUUCACUCCCAGUCUGUAUACACAAUAAACAUAUAUAUUAGU